AUGGCCACAGCUUCGGAACGAACAAUUGAAAACCAAAAUACCAAAACAGCUCACCUCGCUGCAAGAACACAAGAAUACAAAAAUGUCAUCAAAUCAUUGAAGGCAAAAAUCUCUCGACGAGAUACUACAAUUAAGAAUUUCGAAGAAUUAAUUGAAGAAAAAGAUCAAAAACAUUAUUUGGUAGAACUUCUCUCGAUUGCGCUAGAGGAAGGAAAGUUACAUGAAACCCAGUUCUUUUAUCAAUUAUUAGAAAAUACUUUGCAAAAUUUGGUUUCGUCGAAAAAUGUUAACGGUUUUCGAUACAAAGAGUGUAUCAUUCAUUGGUGUUUAUUACUUCGAUUUUAUGGUGGUUCUCGUUUGUGGAAUAUUUUGAAAGGAAAUUCUCCCGGUGAAACUAUAACAUCUGAAAACGCAUUAGAUAAGCUUAAUCUAUUACUUCCAUCUAUCUCAACAAUUAAGAGCUAUCUUCCAGACUUGUCUUUUGGUAACCUUGUCGACAGUGAUUUGAAAGAUAUUGUUAAAGCCAUGGCAUUGAAUAAUAUUAGUAAUAAGAUCAUAAUUUCAUAUGAUGAAAUAGAGAUUAGAGGAGGAUUAUGUGUGAUGAAAAGUACUGGAAAAGUAAUUGGAUUCACAAAUUGCAAUGAAAAGUCUUUUGAAGAUAUAUAUAACGCAAAAAGAGAAAUUACACCAGACGAUAUUGCUAGUCAUGUGUGCCAGUUUUUUGCAACAACUAUUGACGGUGAGAUGUCUUUUCCUAUUUGUUUUGGUGGUCACAAAUCAAACCAUUAUGAAUUUAUUACAAAGAAAAUGACAGAAAUUAGAGAUCAAUUCAAACGAACUUCUUAUGGAGAUUAUGUUUUAGAGGUGGUUGGAGGUUGUAGUGAUGGAUUAGCUGGUAAUUAUCAAUAUGCAACCUCUCAUACUAAUGAAAAUUAUGUUCACCUUUUUGAUUGGUCUCAUUUGCUCAAACGGUUGAGAAAUCGUUUAUUGAAAGGGGAUGAUUUGAUUAUUGAAAAAGAGAGUUUUUCUAUGAAUACAUUAUUGAAGGUUAGAAAUGAACCCCAACUGCGAGACUGGGUAUCGGAAAAUAUAAUUUACCCAGUCGACAUUAUGAAAAUGGAACCUGUUUUUGCAUUGAUAGAUUCUAAUGUUAUUAGUGAAAUUGAACAAAGCAAGCAAAUAGGAUGUUGUGCAUUAGCAAAAUAUUUAACGUUAAUGCAACAAAUACAUCAAAUUUUUGACGAUGAACGAUGUUCAAACUGGAAUGAGAAAAAACAAUUAAUUGAAUCUGUACUGACAACACUUAAGGAAUGGAAAGAUGCAAAUUCUAACAUCAUUAGUGACGAAUUGUAUUCUCAUAUUGUGAUGACUAUGACUUCACUUCGUUCUCUUUUUGAAAAAUAUGGAAACCAUACUCAAAUUAAGGCUUGUGGAAUUUCGACAUUAAUUUGUUAUGGAAAUUGUAACGUAAGCUUAGACUAUUCUGAAUUACAUCGAAAACACUAUGUAAAGAAACACAUUCUUCAAGAAGACGAUGAGGACACUUUGUUAGAGAAAGAUCAAACUAUUUCUGAAGAGAUGUAUGAAUAUGUGCUCGAUGUCACUCAAGAUUUUCUUCCACAUAAAAAUGUAAUGCUGAUACGAGAGUAUUUAUGUAAACAAGCACCAGUCGCGGAUGAUGGAACUAUUAUGAACAAUAUUUUUCUCAGCUGCCCUGAAUGUAAUCAAAUAAUGGUCCGACAACGAUCAUUCAUUAAGCACUUACAAUGUCACAAUUAUUCACCUCAGCAAUGCAAAGAUACACUGUACAACACAAUUAUUAUUUCACUCAAAUCUCGCCAAUUUGGCCAACAUGUUGAGGGUAUUGUUGAGGAAAUAGCAACCAAAUUGGUAACCAAUACCUUUAAGCAAAUUCGAAUUCGAACAGAACCUGAAUUACCAAAAGAAUCAGUUAUUACAUUUAAUUCAGAAAAAGGAUUAUUUGUUCCAUCUAACGAGAAGCAAUCACAAGCAGAAAAUAUUUCAACAUCAAAUAUCGCCACCAUCGACUCUAUUUCAGAAGAUUCAACUCAAAUGUCAGAAACUUCACCUCAAAACAAAUAUGUAUUUUUUGAUUUUGAAACGACUGGAUUAUGGAAGAAUGAUGAUCCACCAAAAAUUACGGAAUAUUGUUUUGUGGACGUUUUGACUGGAGCUGUUUUGUAUGGCUUAGUUAAUCCUGGAAAAGUGAUUUCUAACCAAGCACAAUCAAUUACAGGACUUAACUUGAAUAGUUUAAGAUCAAAAUUGCCUAUUGAAGGGCAUGUGAAUGAUAUUAUCCAAUUUUUAAACAAUAACUCUCAAGGAAAAACUUACUUCAUAGCUCAUAAUGGAGACCGUUUGAAUUUUAAAGUUUUUGCCAAAGAAUUUUUCGGAAAGUUUUCUGAAUUUAAUCAUGACAAUAUUGUCUUUGUUGAUUCUCUCCGAUUAAUGAAAUCAGAAUCGACUUUACACAAUUGUCUUCCUCGGAAAAUGACAAAGAAAGGGAAAUCUAAACCAGUUUUUGCUGAGGAUGUAUUAAUUGAACACUUUAAUUUAGGAAAUGUCAACAAUUCACAUUGUGCAUUUUAUGAUGCUAUUGGAUUGCUUAAUAUUUUGAUCAAGUUUUAUGGUAAUCUCGACGAUGCACUGAAAGCUAUCGAGUGCUUCAAUACCAAUCAACUUAAAAGGAAAAGAGAGAAAAUUAAUGACAAUAAUGAUGAUGAACACAAAGCAAAGAAGAAAGUUGGAUGUAGAUGUAAAAAAGGAAAUUGUUUGAAUUGUAAUUGUGCCAAGCUUGGAAGAAUAUGUGAUGCAACUUGUGGGUGCAAUUCAGAAAUUUGCAAACGGAGACCAGUGCCAAGUUUGUUCCAACUACACGGAACUAAUAUUGUGUUCCUGUUGUUCUGA